CGCUUUGAACGUUUGUAAAUCGACGAUUUAAUGCUACAGGCGCAGUAAGCAAAUGAUAGCACUACAGUCAGCUGAUUCAUUCACAUGACUGCCCUCUUCCAGUUUCUGGCAAGUCCUGUCUACCGGUGCUCCAAAAGUAUUCCGUAUUUUCUCUUUUACACGACGGGAACCAACAUGUUCAAGUUAGUUUAGAAACUACACGGAGAAGAUGAAUAGUUGAUGAUAUCGGGACUUUCACAAAGAGCUAACUAUGUUACUAAUAACACCCUGAGUCCGCACAAAGAGGAGCAGCCAGAGGGGUUAGCUAAACAGCUUCAGCAUUUUUGAUGUGCUGUUCACUCCAGUAGAUUUUUAUUUUUCACUUCCUCAAGGAAUAAGCAAGUAUACUGCAAAAAUGAGUCCAGAGGGGAAAAGGCUGUUGAACAUCAUCAUCCUAGGCUUUGGAUUUAUGUUUAUGUUCACUGCUUUUCAAACGUGUGGCAAUAUAGAGCAAACUGUAAUAAAGAGCUUCAAUAACACAGAAUUCCAUGGGAGCGGAUACACAAGCAUGGCCAUAAUCUAUGGCGUUUUCUCUGCAUCCAACCUGAUUGCCCCCUCAGUGGUGACUGUAAUUGGACCACAGCUAUCCAUGUUUUUCAGUGGGCUUUUGUACAGCGGUUACAUAGCUAUGUUCAUUUACCCGUACACGUGGAGCUUCUACACAGCAUCAGUGUUGGUUGGAAUAGCAGCUGCAGUCUUGUGGACAGCUCAGGGAAAUGUGCUUGCCAUAAACUCCACUGAUACCACCAUUGGAAGAAAUAGUGGCAUAUUUUGGGCGCUGCUGCAGUUCAGCUUAUUCUUUGGAAAUCUGUACAUAUACUGUGCCUGGCAUGGACACGUUCACAUAACAGAAAAAGACCGCAAGACCGUGUUCAUCUCUCUCACGGUGAUCAGUCUGGUGGGUUGCUUCCUUUUCUUUCUGAUCCGGAAGCCUGACCCUGAACCUGCUGCUUCUGCUGAUGUGCAGGCUGAAUGCAUAGAGAGCAGCUCCACAGCAAGCCCACCUCAGCCGAGCCUCAUGUCACAAGCUCUGGAUGCUUUUGUGAAAGCAUUUAAAAUGUUCGGCACCAAAGAGAUGCUGCUGCUGAGCUUCUCCACAGGAUACACAGGCCUGGAGCUCACUUUCUACAGCGGGGUGUACGGGACGUGCAUCGGUGCCAUGACGCGGUUCGGCCAAGAUGCAAAGAGUUUAAUCGGCAUCUCUGGCAUCUGCAUCGGCAUAGGCGAGAUUUUAGGAGGAGGUGUGUUUGGGAUGCUGAACAAGUGCAGCCGCUUUGGGAGGAACCCAGUGGUGCUGCUGGGGCUCAUCACCCACUAUGUUGCUUUUUAUUUGAUUUUCCUCAACAUCGCCAGCGAUGCACCAAUAGCCCCGGAGGCAGGGACAGAUCUGAAGGCUUACAUCACCCCCAGUGUCGGCGUGGCGUUGUUCUGCAGCUUCCUGCUCGGUUUGGGUGACAGCUGCUUCAACACUCAGCUCCUCAGCAUCAUCGGCUUCACGUUCCACGACAACAGCGCCCCCGCCUUCGCCACCUUCAAGUUCAUACAGUCCAUCAUGGCCGCGCUAGCCUUCUUCUACAGUAACUACCUGCUGCUGCACUGGCAGCUGCUCAUCCUGGUCGUGGUGGGUUUUCUGGGCACCAUCACCUUCUUUUGGGCCGAGUGGAUGGCUGAGUCCAACAGGCGAGAGUCAGACUACGACAGCAUCUGACUAAUGUCUGGUGGGGAUGAGGAGCUAGAGAUGUUAAUCUCUUCACGGCUGGAAGAAUCAUCCAGCGAUGAUGAUGAUGAUGAUGAUGAUGAUGAUGAUGAUGAUGAUGAUGAACGUAUCCCAGCCUCUGCAAACAGAGGCUGACACUGUGGUAUGUUUAUUUUCUUACAACUGGUCUGUACGAAGCCUGUUAGUGGCUGCAGGAACCAAACACUGAUCUCAACAUUAAUCUGUACCUGAAUUAAAAGCCAUUAGGAGGUACUGUGUGAGCACAACAUAUACCUCAUUUCGGUUCAUUCCUGGCCUCUUUUCUUAGGUUUUGUGCGCAUACAUUCAAAAUGAAUCUGAACCAAAAAUACUUAAAUCAGACUUAUUUGAGGAAUGAUGAAUAGAGUUAAUCACAUAAAAAAUACUUAUGAUUUGAGGCCUGUUUACAGUGAUAUAAAGAGGGGUAAUUGGCCCCACUGCUAGUGCCUGUGUGAAGAGAUCAUAAGAAAUAACACUGACUUUAUCGGGAAUCAGCUGCAGGUUUUAAGACAAAAAUCUCCCCAACGGCAUGUUUUCAUUGGCUGCAGCUGCUCCAACUGCAUGAACUGACUUUACGUUUAAGUCUGGCAGCAUUCUAUAUAUUUCAUGUCACAAAGUCCCAUUAAGACCAAAAUACACAAUUAAUUAUGCGAAUCAAAGCCUGAUAUAUCUUCUUCCUUUGCGCCAUAUAGCCCUGUCAUUGUCCAAAAAAUAUCAUAGAGCCACAAUAAUGCACUGAGUUACAUACACUUUUAUUACUCUAAACACACACACUUAAGUUUAUUUUGACUAAAUUCCCCAUAUGCCAUCCUGCUGCCACAAAUAAUCACUAGAGCACCAAAUGUGGAUUAAUCCGCUGCUUAAAAUAGUCCCCAAUAAAUGCACUAUUUCCUUCUCUUUGUUUACUAAAAACUACAGAGACUGGCAGUUUAAUGCUACUUUUUUUUAAAACAUGAAACUCUAUAGUUUUGAGGUGUUUAAAUACCUUUAGUAGGAACCAAUGGGCUUAAAGCUGAACGCUACAAACAGGAAGCCAGAAUAUACAGACAGACAAACACAUUGCUAAUUUUGGUCUUUAAUGGGAUUUAAUGAAUAUAAAAAAGUAGAACAAUGCCAGCCUUAUCCUUUAAAAGUUCUUUCACUCUCUUGUGAAGUCUCUUGCACUCACAAAAGCAUGCCAUGUGCAAAAAAUUCAUUCUUGAUUACAAUGAAAUACUGACACAAUAGCCCCCCCUCCUGGGUCCACAUGUCUUUUAUAAUGCUGGGACGCUGACUGAGAUAAACUCUACAUGAAGUAGCUGUGCUGUGCAUCUAAUCCAGUCACAAGGUAAUCACAAUUUUAAAAUAAAAUUUUACGACAGAUAUUCUGCAAGUCAUUUACCUGCCGAGCCUUCUUCGGCUUUGGUCAUCUGACUUUUAUUUAAAGCCAACAUAGCAAAGUGGGAGCAAAGUAGCUAAAAGGGAAACGUUAUGAAGACACCGAACUUUUCAUAUUUUGGUUGUGAGUGUGAAAUUUUCACCCUCCAUUCCUCUGUGAUGCAGCUUUUCUUCUUUUCUCGUUCCUUCGUGAUACACUAAGUGCUAUGUAAUUGGUUUAGGUGUAAUGAGAUCCUGCUGACUCUGCAUUCCAGGAAACAUUUCAUAAUUACAAGAGGAUGACAUCGUUUAGUUCAAAUGGAAUUAACAGAGGCUGUUUGGAUUGAAAAAAACAGACCUGUUCUCUUAUUUGCUAUUUUUUUGCAACUCCUUAUAUGGAGAAUGUUUCCAGGGCAAAAAAAAAAAAAAAAGAAGAGAGACGAAGAAAUGGUAAACUGGGAGGAAUUUAACGUUUUUAUUUUUUUUUUAUUUGGCUGGCAGUUUGGCUAUAGAGGUUAAGUCAAGUUGGUCCACUGAUUUGGUUUGGAGUACAUAUCUCAUCAUUGAAAUUCGAUUUAGACAUUCAGGUUCCCCUCAGGAUGAAUUGUAAAAACUUUGGCGAUAAUGUUUAAAAA